UAACCAAUACAGGCAGGCAUUUAAAGGCGUCGUUGCCGCCACGAACCUUGUAGUUAACCCGGUGAGGACCCACCCUUUGCGAUGAACCCCCUGAUGCAGGCUUCUCUCCUCAUCUUCCUGGGCUUGCUUCUCGCCGGCCCAGUGGCUGCUACACACACCUCCUCGAACCGGCUCUCCCAGCUCGGUAGCUUUUCCUGGGAUAACUGCGAUGAGGGGAAGGAUCCUGUGGUGAUCAACAGCCUGACUGUGGAACCUGACCCCAUUGUCAUUCCUGGGAACAUGACCAUCAGUGCUGAGGUCAGGACCGCUGCGAACCUCAAAGAUCCUCUGAAGGUGGUACUAACUCUGGAGAAGGAAGUGGCUGGCUUUUGGGUCAAAGUCCCAUGUGUGGAGGAACUUGGCAGCUGCACCUACGAGAACUUCUGUAAUGUGCUUGAAGUGUUAACUCCCCAUGAGAAUCCCUGUCCAGAACCCCUGCACACCUAUGGGCUUCCCUGUCACUGUCCCUUCAAACAAGGUACCUACUCACUGCCCAAGUCUGACUUCUUCCUGCCUGAUCUGGAGCUGCCCAGCUGGCUCAGCAAUGGGAACUACCGCUUGAAGAUCAUCCUAAGCAUCAACGGGAAGGAUCUGGGCUGUGUUAAAAUCUCCGCCUCCCUAAAGGGCAAAUAAGGUGGCACCUGCCACAGCAGAAUGAAGGGGAUGUGAGGAAGGCAUCCUCUUCUUCUGUCUUACGUUGGCCAAGGCCAGAUUCUACUCUGUCCUUUCUCAAACCCCUUUCUACAAUGAUGACACUCCCCCACUGAAAGUCAUUUUAUGCCACCUAUACAAUUUUUAGGUGUGGGCCAGCAGCCCUAACCUAAAGGAGGAUGAGCCUGGUGGUUUUUUGACAGCCCAGGACAUCUACUGGGCUGGCCACUGCAUUUUCCUCCUCACCCCCAUGGCUUUCUCUCUAAGAGCUCAUUUUCUAAACGGUCAAGGAAGGGGGCUAACAUGUUUUGUGACCCCCACGUUCAGGCUGACCCAGUCUUGGUCUCCUGAAGUACCUUUAUGAUUUUUCUCAUUGAUUUUUUGUGUGUGUCACUGACCUAAAAGCAGAGUGAGAGUACUAACAGUUUUCAUUUUACUCCCACCCCCUCUUACAAUGAAGGGUCUGAAGGAGUCGAUCUCAGUCUGUUCCUCCAUUAACGUCUAUGAUUUAGUGUUCUUUUCUAGACUUGCCUAGUUAACAGUGGGGCACAGUGUAUCCUGGAGAGGCAGGGCAUGUGAUGGGAGAGAUAUAUGAGAAUGCUCUAUGUGUUUAAGAUAGUCUGCGAACUCAGGUACCUGCAGGGCAAAGCGCAAGACAUCAGUAAGUGAUGAGGACCACGAGGAACUUGUUGCUUGCGGGCACAUCUUCCAUUUUUUCCUUUGUAUAACAUAACUGAUCCGAGGCAGCUGCUGCCCAGUCUCGAGCUGGGGGUAUAAUCAGGGAUGUGGGGACUGGGUUGAGUUGGGAAGGGCACAUCUGGUCCGUAGGGACAGCUGCUAUCUAGCUAUAGCCAGUGAAUACCACAGGAGAGUAUGGGCCCAUCAUUGCCAAAUAUUCUCAAUUUCUUUUUCCCUCGAGAAGCCAGAAAUCUAGACUUUUAUAUGAAAUCAAUUUUUAAAUAUUGGCAACGAAUUAUUUUUUUAAAUACUGAGCAGGCAGAAGGGGCCAAACAGACUUGUCACUGGGGAAAUCUGGUUGGCUCAUGGGUGGCCAGUUCGUGGCCUUGGCUAUAAGAACAUGCAUGCCUUGUCCUUUUAACCUUGAGACAACUCCUCCAGCACUGUUUCUCCCUCCAUCGGGUCAAAUCCAUAGUGCCUGACCCUAGAAUGCUCCUCCAGUGCUGGGGGAGUAGAGGCGGCCUCAGAGCUGUGAGCUCAGGGGUCAUGAGGCUGCCUGCCCUGGCCUUAGAGCACUGUCAGGGUGAGUGGGGCAGAGGCUGAACAGGUGGACCCACCAGCAGCCACUCUGUGGAGCAGGGAUCCAGCGAAGAGAGGUGGACUCAUGUCACGUGCCUGGGUUUGUUCACUGUCCUGUCCUCUCAUGACAACUUAAUCACCCAUGACCAGCCCCAGGUUCUGGGCUCACAUGAAGGCUGGAAUGGUAAUAAAUCUUUUUAACUUGA